UCUGAUGUUAGUUUACAAAGAGAGGGAACCGCACCCUGCCACACAGAAACCAGGAGAUUCUUGCUGUGAAUGGAUCUUGUCUUCAGGCUGCUAUAUCCAUUUCUCUUUUACUGAAGACUUUUGCUGUUCCACUGCAAAUCCAUGGAGUCUAUUUUUGGGGCUACACUCUUUCUGAUGCUAUUGACUGCAUUAGCAGCUGAGGAUGGCUGCAUUUGUGAAAAAAAUAAACGAGCUAUUUGUACCGGGAACUCACCUUAUAGCUGUGAAUGCAGAGCAGUAGGUUCAAAUCAGCCAUUGGACUGUUCUACACUGACUUCAAAAUGUCUACUGAUGAAAGCAGAGAUGGUCCCUGUAAAGGGCAGGCGUUUCGAAAAGCCAGAAGGUGCCCUUCUGGACAAUGAUGGACUUUACAAUCCUGACUGUGAUAAUGAUGGCAACUUCAAGGCAAGGCAAUGUAAUCUGACAGACACUUGUUGGUGUGUGAAUUCUGCUGGCGUAAGAAGAACUGACAAGGGGGAUAAAAGCAUGAAAUGCAGCGAGCUUGUCAGAACAAACUGGAUCUUUAUUAGGCUGAAACACAAAGAGGGGGAAGCUCCCUUCUCCGAGCCUGAACUGGUGAAGAGUCUCCAACAGCUCAUUCAGAACCGAUACAUGCUCCAUCAAAAGUACAUCACAGCUAUUGAGUAUGACUCUCCAUACAUCCAUAUUGACUUGAAGCAGAACGCUACCCAGAAGGAUCGUGGAGAUGUCGAUAUUGCAGAUGUAGCCUAUUACUUUGAAAAAGACAUCAAAGGUGACUCUGUUUUUCAUCGUGGGAUGUUUAAUGUCUCUGUUAAUGAACAACCUCUUGAUAUUGAAGAAACCCUUAUUUACUAUGUUGAUGAAAAACCACCAGAGUUCUCUAUGCAACGCUUGGCUCCUGGCAUUAUUGCAGUAGUGGUGGUGGUCAUUUUGGCCAUUAUCAUUGGAAUUACUGUGCUUGUGAUUACCAGGAGGCGGAGUUCUGGCAAGUACAAGAAGGUUGAGAUUAAAGAGAUGGGGGAAAUCAGAAGUGGACAAAAUGCAUAGUUGCCUCAAUUUGAUGGCAGAACUAAGACUUUGACAUGGAGAAUAUGGAAGCUGGAAAGAUGAUUCCUCAUUUCUUUGGAGAGAGGGAGGGUGGGUGUUAGAUUUUAUUUUUUACAUUUGUAAUCAAAGAUAAAAGCAACCAUUUUUAUAAAUUCCUAUGACAACAGAUUAGGAUAUUGGUAUGGAAAUUUUAGCGUAUCCUUUAAUAUGGUAUACUUUAAUAUGGUAUAAAUCUAGUUUGAAAUGAGUAUUGAAGUCUUAGCAAGUAGAUUCUUAUAUUGUUCCCCACCCCAGAGUUUCCCAGUUCCAUAAUUAGAUUUUUUAAAGGAAACAACAUUCUUUCACAGCUACAUAAGUAGCUUAAUUUAUAUUACCUGCAUUUCUACAUAUGUUUGUGUGUCUAUGGCUGCAAUCCUAAAAAUGCUUUUUCUCAGAAUACACUCAGUUGAAUAAGAGGGGGCUUACCUCUGAGUAGACUUACUAGGAUUGCUCCAUAUGGGUGUGUGGCAAUGUUUUCAGAGUUCUGGAUAUGUUGCUAAAUUGUGUAUGUUUUAUGUGACUGAUUUGUUCAGCUGAUGCCGAUUUGCUGUCAUUAAAAAUGUUACUUUUGAUCAA